GCAAUCCGGAUUCAGCAUACAGCACCCCACAGACAGAUCGCCAUGCCAAAGCCACCAUCACACCCCCGAUACCAAGCCGUGGCGAGGUCGGAACCAUAUCCGAGCAGUGCCAACAGGAGCGGUGGCGGUCAUAACAACCAUGGCGGAGGUCACGGUCACAGUGGGCGUCAUGGGAGUACGGGAAUGGUGUAUCACCACGCCGCGGGGUCAAUGAACACCACCGCGGGAGUGACACCCGGGGUUUCACCACCGGCGCAUCAACAAUCAGCGGCCCCGCCGAAUUACGGGUACGGCGGGAAUCCCGGGAUCGGCGCCGGGUCUGGGCCCGGAGCGGGGACUGGAAUGAUGAACCCUCAAUAUGCGACAGCAACAAUAACAUCAACACCACGGACAGUACCUAGGAAUUUUGGGGGACAACAAUCGUCACCAUCGUCGUCGACAUCGACUUACGGACCACAGCCGUCUUUUGAAUCGCUACAGGGGCCGAAUCAGCCGCACAACAGCAGCCCCUCUUCAGCGCCAAACUUUCAGCUGACAGGCUAUCAGCACCAGAAUCAUGCCCUACAACAACAUCAUUCUCAACACCAACAACACCACCAAGGCCCCACUAUCGUCAACCAAAACGCCGCCCACCCAACCCACUUUCCUCCCCAAUCGCAACCACCACCACCACCACCACCACCACCACCACCACCACCACCACAACAACAACAACAACAACAACAACAACAACAACGACAUCAACCACUAAGCCAACCGCACCACCUCCACCAACCACUCCAAGCUCAAACAACCCAGCUAACCCAAACUCCAAUUUCCAAUCCGAGCUCGUCCUACAACCCCCGCCCAACCCCCCCUUCCCCAAGCCUGCACAACCCCACAACCUCCUGGACCCCCCGCGAGGACGCCCUUCUCCUCUCCUCACGGGCCUCGCAACUCCCCUGGUCCGAGCUGCAGCGGCUACACUUCCCCGGUAAGACGGCCAACGCCUGCCGCAAGCGACACGAGCGACUUAUCGAAAAGCGCCAAGCAGAAGAGGAAGUAGAUGAGGAUCGAUUGGCGCGCAUAGCAGGGGAAUAUGUAAAGAUGAGAGGGGAGCUAUGGCAGGGGUUGGCGGAACGGAUAGGGAUGGAUGUAAAAGAGGUGGAGGAAAGGUGUUUGGGAAUGGGGGUGGGGAGGUUGAAGGUUGCGGGACGGAGAGGGGGGAGGAGGAGGGGGUCGUAUCCUGUGGCGGCGACGGGGAUUAUGGGGGCGGGAAUGGGACCGGGACCGGUGUCGACAGUGAUGCCGAUGAUGUUCAGUCAAGGCCAGGGUCAGGGACAGGGACAGGGUGAUGCAGAGGAAGGAAGGAAUUACACGCAUAGUCCGGUGCAGAUUGGUUUUACGGGCGCAGGACAAUCAAUGAUCGGACCAGGUCCGGGACAUGGAACCGGAAUGGGAAUCGGAGGGAUGCUACCACCGCAUACCGCACCACCACUUACCACUCUGGUGCCGAUACCCCCUCCUACUACCACUACCGGACACGGGUAUAAUACGUCUGCCUUACCGACCUCUUCAGCACCAGGCAUUCCGCCACCACCACUACUCCCUCUGAUGCAGCAGCAACAACAACAACAACAACAACAACAGCAACAACCAAGAGUGGCGUUUGGCGGGUAUUUAAACGGACGAUCAAGUUCAAGAAGGCCGACACAUCCUUUACCUUAUUCUUCUGCGCCGCCAUUAGCAUCACCAUCAGCAUCAGCAUCAGCAUCAGCAUCCGCGCCGGUGAAUGUGAAUGCGAACUCGACUCCAUCUGGAGGAUUUGAUCAAGGACAAAGACAGGGACAGCAGUGGCCUCGACGGCAAGGAGGCGUAAAUCCCGCCGUGUCCGGGGGAAUGGGAAUGGAAAUGGGAAUGGGGGUGGGGGUGGGGAUGACGGUUCCUGCUGCAUCGACGACGGGACCACUGACGUCACAGACGUGGCAUGGUGGUGGUGGUGGUGGUGGUGGUGGUUAUCCUCCGUCUUCGUUUGGGUAG